AUGGACAUAAAGCUCAAGCCCCAGGUUCCCACAUUCGUGGAAUCAGGUGUGCCAUUGAAAGAAAAAGAUUCGCAAUAUGGGGACCAUUCAUCAAAUUCAAAUAGCAAGUCAGAUAGCAAACCCGAGAAUGGAGCACACUCCAUACAAGACAUUGAGAUAGAAUGGAUUCUUCGUGAAAAAGUCAAUAGCUGCAGAAAACUGGAAGAGCUUGCACCCAUAGAAGCUUUAGCGAUUUUCAAUCGAUUGAUCGAUGACCUUAUCCGGCUUAGUAAAUUGACAUCGAGAGAUUCCAACGUAGAUCUAGACUUUCUUUUAUUUACACCCACCAAAUUUCACCACAUGGAGUCGAAUAUUCCUCACUCAAUGACACAAGGACCUAAGCAAGCAGUCGCGUCGAACAGUCAGUUUGAAACCGAUCAAGAUAUUCAACAAGAUCGAGAAAAAUAUGAAGUGCCAUUGAAAAGCAGCUCCAAACUAAGGCUGAAUUUUGGCAACGCUUCAGCUCUUCCGAAAUCAGGAGCUUCAGACUUGAAAAAUGGCGAAGCUUCGGGUCGCUGCCGAGACGAUAUGAAAAUGAAUGACCGAAGUCUUGACCGCUACAUCCUUUGUAGGAGAUUACCAGAUACAGGACCCGCAAUAAUCAGAAAGUUUUACCUUAGAAAAACUCCAUCACUUCAAAUACCGAGAUACCUUGAGCGAAUACACCAUUAUGCAAAUCUAUCUACGGCUACACUCUUGACCUCGGCAUAUUAUUUAUUUCAUCUGACUUUCAACCUGAAGGCUCCUCUAUCCACAUCACUCCUUCCUCUCAGGCAACCUCAGACUCCAGAAGGGGUUGCAUGUAAAACUACAAUGCUUCAAAUAAAUGAGUUAAAUGUGUUCAGGCUUGUGCUUAGUGUCUUGCGCUUAUCUCUUAAAUUGAUCGAAGACAAAAACUACAAGCAAAGCUAUUAUUGCAAAGUGACCGGACUUCAAAGCGUGGAGGAACUAUUUAAGCUGGAGCUAAAUUUACUUUAUCUACUAAACUUCGAUCUUUUUGUCAACGAAAUUACCUUGGCGAGGUUUCUAUUGCAGUUUCAGCAGUUCGACUCAAAUCUACAGGACAUUUUAAGUUAG